UCUUGUCGUAGUCGCAAAAGAUCACCCCGUAUGUUUCUUGUAGACUACCCAUUUGCUGUUGCUCCACUUGUGGCGCAAAGCAUGCCUCCGGCUUCCCGCCUCCUGGCCAUCCUCUCCUCCCGGCCCCCUCCGCCGCCGUGCCGCCUCCUGCAGCUACACGCGCACCUCCUCACCGCCGGUCUCCUCUCCUCCCCAUCUCCAUUCCCCUUCGCCGCCCGCCUCGUCGCGGCGUUCGCCCACUCCGACGACCCGCGCCACCUCCUCCACGCUCUCGCCCUGCUCGCCUCCCUACCCUCCCCGCCGGACUCCGCCUCCCCCUACAACGCCGCACUCCGCGCCCUUUCCCUCUGCACGCACCGCGGCCUCAUCGCGCGCUGCCUCCCGCUCUACCGCUCCCUCCUCCUCUCCGCCGCCCGUCCGGACCACCUCACUUUCCCCUUCCUGCUCAAGGCAUGCGCGCGCCUGCAGGACAGGAGCUGCGGCACCGCCGUCCUCGGGCAUGUCUUCAAGCUCGGCUUCCACGCCGACGUCUUCGUCCUGAACGCAGCCAUGCACUUCCUGGCGGUCUGCGCCUCCAUGGCGGAAGCACGCAGGCUGUUCGACCAGAGUCACGUGAGGGAUCUGGUGUCAUGGAACACGCUAAUCGGUGGCUAUGUGCGGAGGGGCGUACCUGCGGAGGCUCUGGAGCUGUUCUGGAGGAUGGUGGCAGAGGACGGGGAAGUGAGCCCUGAUGAGGUAACGAUGAUCGGGGUUGUGUCAGGGUGCGGGCAGCUGCGGGACCUGGAGCUCGGGAGAAGGCUCCAUGGAUACGUGGACAGUUACGGGGUCAGACGCACCGUGAGGAUGAUGAACGUGCUAAUGGAUAUGUAUGUUAAGUGCGGCGACCUUGAGCGCGCCAAGUCUGUGUUCGAGAGGAUCGGCAGCAAAACAGUUGUUUCGUGGACGACAAUGAUUGUUGGCUACGCAAAGUUUGGGAUGAUGGAAGAUGCGCGGAGGGUGUUUGAUGAGAUGCCUGAAAGGGACGCUUUCCCGUGGAAUGCCCUCAUGGCCGGCUAUGUGCAGUGUAAGCAGGGCAAGGACGCUCUCAGAUUGUUUCAUGAGAUGCAGGCAGCAAAGGUGGAUCCUGAUGAGAUCACUAUGGUCAAUCUCUUGUCAGCUUGCUCGCAGCUUGGAGCAUUGGAGACGGGUAUGUGGGUUCACCAUUUCAUCGACCGGAACCGGCUCUCGCUUAGUGUUGCACUAGGCACAAGUCUAGUUGACAUGUAUGCCAAGUGCGGGAACAUCGAGAAGGCGGUCCACGUCUUCAAAGAAAUACCGCAGAAAAACGCGCUCACAUGGACAGCAAUGAUAUGUGGUCUCGCAAAUCACGGGCAUGCUCAUGAGGCCAUAGAGUACUUCCGUAGAAUGAUAGAGCUUGGGUUGCAGCCUGAUGAGAUCACAUUUAUAGGGGUUCUGUCUGCAUGUUGUCAUGCUGGUCUGGUUAAAGAAGGCCGGCAUUUCUUUUCCCUGCUAGUCUCAAAGUAUCACCUCGAGAGGAAAAUGAAACAUUAUUCAUGUAUGAUAGACUUGCUAGGUAGAGCAGGUUAUUUGGACGAAGCAGAACAUCUAGUAAAUACCAUGCCGAUGGAGCCUGACGCAGUAGUUUGGGGUGCUAUCUUCUUUGCUUGCAGGAUGCACGGCAAUAUUAGUCUGGGUGAAAGGGCAGCUAUGAAAUUGGUUGAGCUUGACCCGAGCGACAGUGGAAUAUAUGUGCUACUGGCUAACAUGUACGCAGAGGCAAACAUGAGGAAGAAGGCUGAUAAAGUGAGGGCGAUGAUGCGGCACUUGGGAGUGGAAAAAGUUCCUGGCUGUAGUUGCAUCGAGCUAAAUGGUGUGGUUCAUGAAUUUAUGGUGAAGGACAAGUCACAUACAGAUACUAAUGCUAUCUAUGACUGCUUGCAUGAAAUCACACUACAAAUAAGGCAUACUGCAACCAUGAUUGACAUUUAUGCAACUGGCUGAGCCCUGCAGAUGUGAUGUGUUUGAUUAUUUUGUGUAGCUCAAUCAUGUGGUGUUAUGCCGGGCAAUGCCCUAAGAAAGAUUUGCUGAUGUUGUCAAACAUCAGGCCAUUACCACAACAUUUUGGUCCCUUAAGUCGAUGAAAAUAACAACACUGCAUUCCAGAUGGUCAUGGGAGUAUCUGAAAUCAGAAGUACUGUGCCUUACAAGCAGAAAAAAAGAAGAAAACUUGUCAGUUUUUGAAUUGGUGCUCAAGUUACCUUCGUUCUUAUUUCCGUACCAGUCCUGUAUAUUCUAGAAGGCUGCUAAAGAGACGAGCAAGAAGACCCGUCUGUAAAGUCUUCAUUCUUCAACUGUGUCAAGAUGUGAAGCACCAGGCCCAUCGCCUAUGGUUAUGCCAGUACCAUUCCAGUUGGCCCAAGCGUGUUCACCACAAGUUCUUUGAGCUUGGUGGCGUGGUAAAUGGACGAUUUUUUUCAUUUGGUUGGCGACAGCAAGAGUUUCCUUUAUUUUUGUCUGUUCCAGUUGGACAGCGACUUCAUUGAUUUCCUUAAGUAGCCCUUGACCUCCUUUCGGCUUGACUGCCUGAAAAUGUUUCCCUGAAGCUAUCAACUGCAUCGUCAUCCUGCAUAUGAUGUAGAACGUCAAGGAAAUGAAGGCAGCGGACAUACAAGGGAUGGAAGUGUAAACAAAGGAAGAACAUAAAAUGCGCGCAAGUGCAUACCAAUGCUUUGAACAAAGGCACAGGUUUCCCUAUCCUGUGGUUUGAUGGUAUGAGAUCCCAAGGCGUUUUUGCCUUGUUACUAUCCCCUCGUUCAUCAGAGAAUGAAAUAUGCUCUUCCGGACAGAGAUUCAGCUGUCGCAAGACCUGAGUCAGAGAACAAUCCAUUUUUUAGAUACAAUGAAACAUGCUUGAAUGCAAGUAAUUCAAAGGUUGAUAACAAACAUCUUUUGAGAAGGACGGCAUGAAAGGCUCUAGCAAACAAGCAAGAAGAAAACCAGAGACAAUUCCCGUGUAAGGAAAAUGAUGCAGAAUAAGAAUAAAAUCACUAAAAGAAGGAACCAGAGCUUACUUGUAGGUACGCAUUUCCCUCACUGGAGAUGGCCAUUGCAAUCUUCAGCCCUUGUUUUAGUUUUACCUGUUAAUGGCAGCGUUGAUACCACAUAAAUGCUUCAGAUCUAUAGCAGUUCAUAUUCAGAUAUAUUUACUAGUACAAUUAAGAGUUGAUAUAUUUCAAAUCAAUGCAGUACCUUGUCCAUUGCAUCAAUAUACUGCUCAACCAAUUUACCAAUGGUUUCUGCUAAUGACUGACUCAAUGAAUGCUUAUCCGCAUUAGGUGCUUCAGGUACUAUGGAACCAUAUCCAGUCCCUGCAGGAACAGUUGACAUCUUUAUCACAAUGACCAUUGACAAAAAAUGGACUAUCUGAUGCACAUGCACGUCACAAAAGAAUUCUGAAAGUAAUAAAGAUAUCGUGCUGAAGGUAGUAAGGAGAGUCCUCGUCAACUAACCCUCUGGUUUUGCAAUAAAGCUUAGGACUCUAUUGAUGAAGUUA